AUGAUCCAAUCUGAGAAAUCACCCGACGCGAUGGGGACCAUGCCCCUCUCCCCCAAUUCGGUGGAUGACCAACUUCCACACGGAUUCUGUGAAUUGGUACAACACAACAACUCCGAAGAAGUUCCACGAGAGCAAGAUUCAGCAGAACCCGCAAGCGUCCCCGACUCCUCUUAUCCACCGUCGAGGCUCUCAACCCCAGGGCCACAAGCGGGGAUGAGUCCCCACCUUGAACAACUCGGUGUGCAUCAAUACGCUCCUCAGGGGACGUACAAUCCGCAGUUCUUCCAGCACACGUAUGGACAUGACGCAAGUGCAUAUCCAUCGCUGCCCGAGGAGUCGGUAAGCAAAAGGAGCGGGCGCGUACAACCGGGAUACACAACCCCAGCAUCCUCUCCAUCACAAAGGUCGGACGUGAUAAGCCUGCGAAAUGGAGCCGUACCCAGAUCGUCCAGCAUGCGCCCGAUCGCGUCCAAAAGUCGUUCAGAUAGACCGCCGACCAAGAAGGCGCGCGCUAAGGCGGCCAGGAAGACACCCAAGAUCACCACGCCGCUCAGCGAGUCAACGAAACACCUGAGUGUGCCCAUGAUCGAUAUCGAGGCGUAUGUGAACCGGUCGGAAGCCGAACGAAAGCACGAGGUCGAAACAAGCAAGACUCCAGGCAAGAUCAAGCGUCCCAUGAAUGCUUUCAUGUUGUACCGAAAAGCAUACCAGGGCCGGACCAAAGAACACUGCACACAGAACAACCAUCAACUGGUAUCGCAGGUCUGCGGUGACAGCUGGCCACUGGAGCCCGAACAGAUACGGAAUCAGUUCACCGAGUGGGCCAGGAUCGAGCGCGAGAAUCACGCGAAGACGUGGCCGGAGUACAAAUUUGCGCCGAAGAAGCCAAAGGACCUGAAGCGUAAGAUGGAGGAAGAGGAGGGAGAGGACGAGCUGCCUCUCGAGGAUUAUGACCACGAGACAGGUCGGGUGAUCAAGAGGCCGCGUUCGAAUCGGACAACGCCUGUCCCGGAGGCGGACCACGUGUACGGACAACAGGUUCCGUACUACACGCAGUACUCGCCGCAACAGCCUGGGAUGAUGGUGACGGGGCGCGGACAGAUGCAAAUGUCGGCGUAUGAGUGGAGCAACCCAAACAAGCCCAUGCCGGCGCCAUACAACCACAUAUCCAUGCAGCAACCGACACAUUACUUGGCGUCGCAGGCCAUGCCGUCCCGACACUCCCAACUGAGGGGCUUCGGGGUGGAGGAUGUCGCGUUCCACAAGGCAGCUGCACCAGGAAAUCCAUACCACUCGCCACAGCAGGCCAUGAUGGAUCAGUACGGGACGGGUUCGCAGCCACAACAGCCAAUGGAGCAGAAGGGGCACGCCGACCAGUUGUUCAGCAAUGUCCAGUACAGCCAAUUCGAAAACCCAUUCGACCAGGAGCAGUUCAACCUGCUGUAUCAGAACGCGGGCGACGGCGGGUUCGACCAGAACAACCCGCUUCUCCUGCAGCCAAACUCGAUAGAAAGCUUCAUGGAGAGCCAGGGUGGCCCGGUGACGAGCGAGGGGUUCGGCAUGGGGCCCACACCUGCAAACUACGACGGGCAGCUGGAGGGACAGUUGCGUGACCUGUUGACAUCGACGAGCACCGAUGACUGGCACAUCCAGCCAGUGUCUGAGGCGCAGUCUGACAGUCAGUUUGACGUGAACUGGGCGGGGUCUCUGGACCCUUCGCUGUCCGAGCCAUACAAUGCGCAGUCGGAGCCAUACAGCGCGCAGGACUGA